GAGAUUUGCGGCGUUUGCAUCGUUUGUUUGAAGGACCGCCGAUUCACCACAUAUACAGCUCUUUAGAUCAUGCACUUCAUUGUACUUGAAGGUAUAUAUGCUAUAUACUCUGUCUUCCUUGCAGAUGAGGUCACCGAGAUUUUCUUCGAUGCAGUAAUUCAUUGAAGCUGACUGGAACUUAGAAAGCGCUGGGGUUCUACGUCAACUUCUCAUCCAACCAUUUAGGCCAGAUUGAGAACACCCAAGAACAAAACAUGCUGGAAAUGACCAGCUCUAUUUUGUUCACCUAGAUUGCACACGCGAUUGGCCUGAGAAGUCUGUGGUCAUAUUCCUGUAGUGACUAGCUACACCUCAGCAAGGCCUCAAGGAUACGAGCAUAAAUAUCAUCACUUCACAUUUAUUUCAUAUAUGAUCGGCCUAGAACCACCUUGAUAUCGUGACAAUGUUUGCUCCGCUUGGCUUAUUCAAGGAUAUCCCCUGUCCUCAGGGCCAGGAAUGCGCUCUCUUAACUUGCAUGUUCUCUCACGAAAUCACCAACCCACCCGCAGAGGUCGACAAAAGCGCCAAGAGUACGCAGUCAGAGAAGGAGCCUACAACUACUCAGGAGUCUCCGCCACCGAAGAAACAAAAGCUGCAGGUAACGGCUGAGGCUGACAGGGUGAAGAAGGAAGACAAGCCUUCACUUUCGCUUCAGUACGAAACUAGUGAUCAAAGAGUUACACCAGCAAAGAAGGUCAGCACCAAGGCCCAACCAACAGGCCAAAACCCUGCGAAACUCCAUUCGAUAUCCAGGGACAUCUCACCGCCUCCUUCCAAAGCAGAGCCUUCAACAGCGAAACAUGAUGUAUCGGCAUCUGCAAAACCGGAGCAACGACCUCCGCUACGCAAGGCUCCUCGUGAGAGUCUGAAUCCUAGGAUGUUGGCCAAAGCGCCGGUGUCUCAUGGCGUGCGGCUGUCUAUUUUGACGAAGCUUCAUGCUGCUAUGUCUGCUUUGAAUGACAAGAUAGCAAAGGACAAAGAAAAUAAGGAUAAAAGCAUAGUCCUUACCCCAAAUGAGCUCAUCACGAUGGCUCUAGAUGAAGAGGAAAAGACGGCAAAAGGGAAUGCGAGUGUAUACGGCAAUGUCAUCAAACUCCGCAUCGUUAAACUCUCGAAGAUGAGCAAAGAGGAUUGGGUGAAAGAUGUCAAAGCUUAUCUAAAUGAGAAAUAUUACAAGACAGCACCGAGUGAAGCAGAUCAGAAGUCGGCUGUUCUUACAACUGGCCUGAGCAUCAAAGAGGAAAUAGCAAUUGCGGGAAGACUAGUCACGCCUCUUGAAGGAUUGGAACAAUAUGGCUAUGUGACCAAACCGCCCACAGAUGAAGAGAUUGAGGGCGCAAGAAAAGGGGUCAUUGAGUCUAAAGGAUGGGAAAAGUGUGACCGAUGUGGUGGACGAUUCCAGGUCUUUCCUGGCCGCCGUGAGGAUGGUUUGUUAACAACAGGAGGGCAAUGCACAUACCACCCUGGCAAGCCGUUCUAUCCUCCGAAGAAGCGGACAGAUCAUAUUACUGGCCACAAGGAGGCCUACUACACUUGCUGCAAUGAGACCCUAGGGACUUCUUCUGGAUGCACUAAAGGCGAUACCCAUGUCUUCAAGGUGUCGGAGGCCAAACGACUAGCGUCCAUUCUUCAGUUUGAAAAGACUCCAGUGCAGCCAGAUAAGGGCCCCCUUCCACCAGUAUGCUUCGACUGCGAGAUGGGAUACACCACUUUGGGGCUGGAGCUGAUCCGGCUCACUGCUGUUAGUUGGCCCGAGGGCAAGGAGCUCCUCGAUGUUAUUGUCAGGCCCAUGGGGGAGAUCCUCGACCUCAAUUCGCGGUUUUCCGGUGUUUUCCCCGAACAUUACAAUAACGCGGCUCCCCAUGAUGGCUCAGCUGCACCGACCACUGCAUCUGUCAGCGAGGAUGGAGAGGUUAAGUUAACGCCUUUACAGGUGAUGGAAUCUCCCGCGGUAGCAAGGACUUUGUUGUUCAAGCUGCUACAGCCUGAGACGCCUUUAAUUGGCCAUGCCAUUGACAAUGACCUCAACGUUUGCCGUAUUAUCCAUCCUACCGUUAUUGAUACCGUUAUACUGUACCCAGUGGGGGCGGGCCUACCCAACCGCAUGAGUCUCAAAACCCUAUCCAGGAAAUACCUUGAUAGGCACAUACAGACUGGAGGGAACCGUGGGCAUGAUUCCAAAGAGGACGCGAUUGCUACAGGGGACUUGGUCCGGGUCAAGGCCGCAGAAGCCUGGAAGGUGUUAAAGACGAAGGGAUGGACUGUCCAGGAUGAUAAACUUGUGCCUCCUCCCGGCGUAACAGAAGAUACUGGCCCGAUAUGGCGACUUGGACUUGGAGCCGGGCAGAAGAGGACUAGCUCAGAUUUAGGUUAACUUAGGAUGGCCACAUCAUAGCUGACUUUACUAUAUGAUACCCGACGAAACGCAAUUUCCGUGCAAACUACGCGAGAAUGAAGGAACAAAUGGGUGAUAGAUGGAUCAAUUCAAAUCUACCAGUCGUAACGUCAUGAGUAGAAGUCUUACACCAACACGGGGAUGUGACGAGGCUAGCCAUGGAAUGCCGCCUUUUCAGGUUGAGGCAACCCGGCGGGCAUAUCACGCCGCAGAGCCGUGCUGAUGCGCUCCCGACCAACCGCAUCUAUAUACCCUCCAGACCGGACCUAUAGCACGGACUCCCAUUAAGAUAUCGCUCCCGUCCAAAUCUGGAAACCCCCUGAUGUGAGCGUACUCGAGCCUGGCCGAUUUUUUUAAUUUUUAUCCGAGAGAGGAGACAUUUACUCCUCAUCCUCGUCAGCCUCCUCGCUGGCGACGUUGUAGAAGCGGAGCUCGUAGACACCCUUGGAGGUGGCGACAACGCGGAGCCAGUCACGGAGCUGCUGCUUCUUGAGGUACUUCUUGGUCCUGAAUGGCCGUCAGUAUUACGGGUCGUGGCUAUCAUGCGACGGAUGCGAGGCAACUUACAAGUACUUGAGGUAACGACCAGAGAAGGGGAUGUGGGCAACAACCUCGAUCUUGCCAUCACCGACCUGGGAGAUGACGACCUUGUCACCGAGGUUGCCGACACGGCCCUCGACCUUGAUGCGGUCGUGAAGGAACUUCUCGAAAGCG